AUUCACAUAUAUACACACGCAAUCGCUGUGAAACAUCAUUGAGACACAUACAUAACUAUCAAUGGAUAAAGAGGAGCAGUUUGUGGUAGUAGGCCGUCUGUGUAGACGCCUUAAAAGCAUGUGACGUAUCAACUACAUGUGUCUUUACUAGCGAAAGGAGGAAAAAAAAAUAUUUACAACGAUCGUACACAUUCGAACGACAGGAUACACCUUUACUCCUAUUUAUAUAUAUGUAUAUAUAUAUAUAUAUAUAUAUAUAUAUAUGUAUAUGCAUUUUUCUCUUUCUCCCUCUGUAUAUACACUCACACACACACACACACAAACAUACAUGUAGCUAGAUAGAAAGAUAUAUAUAUUUAUACAUACACACCUCUUUCAAGUUUUCUAACGGAGAUCAUGUUCUAUAUACAAACACCAAACGCACUCAUGUAGCUAGAUAGGUAAACGUACAUACAUACACACAUACAUACAUACAUUCAUACAUACAUGAAUUUAUAACUAAAUAUAUAUAUUCACCUACAUACACCUAUUCCAGUUUUCAACUGAGAUCAUGUUCUAAUACAUAUAUAUAUCUAUGCAUAGAAAUUCACAUAUAUAUACAAAUACAUAUACAGGCUCACCUACAUACACACACACACACACACACAUAUAUAUAUAUAUACAUAUAUAGAAGCACAUCUGUACAUAACAUAACCACCUCACAGCGGUCAUUCGUUUGGAUGUAGUUUUCCUGCCCCCGUUUAAAGUUCGAGGCUGGAUAAACAAUAUAUUUUACGACGACGACACGAAAUCUGUCACCCUGUCUCAACCACCGCAAACCCCCAAAAAAACUUCCAAACCUCCCAAAAACAUGAACUUAUGUGGCUGGGAGUUUUUGGCCAAACGACAAUAUUAUGCUGCUCAAAGCAGACGGCAUUCCUAUGGAGGUCCCCCGGCGCUCUUCCCUAUAUCCGAUGAAGGAGAAGACAGCGAAGGGUCGGAGACCCUUGGGGACCUCCCCCCGGAAUUCCUACAAAAGGCUACUCGUUACAAAAACCGACGGAGAUCGCAGCCUGUGGGACGCGCUUCUUUGGAUGGAGUUGCAAGAUUUAUACGCAUCUCUUCACCUAAGAGAUUCCGCUCUCAGAGGAGUCUCAGUCCUCCAGUAUGCACAUCAGUUUCAAACACAAAAGUUUCCCCUCUUCGAGGAUAUAACUUUGAACCCCGGAGGUCUUCUGGGCCACCGCAACCGGAACAUCUUCAGUCAGCGGUUUAUACAAAGAGAUUCAGUGAAGAUUUUGAACGAAUGGAUUUAGGUGAUUGUGAUGAGAGUCACAAGCAGAUGUUUGCCAAAUUCAUGAAAUCACACAAAUGCUAUGACCUCAUUCCAACAAGUGCAAAAUUAGUGAUAUUUGAUACACAAUUAAUGGUUAAGAAAGCAUUUUUUGCUCUUGUCUACAACGGAGUAAGAGCAGCACCUCUGUGGGACAGUGCAAAGCAAGAUUAUGUCGGCAUGUUAACGAUUACUGAUUUUAUUAGUAUUCUGCAGAAGUACUACAAAGCUCCUUUAGCUCAUAUGGAAGAAUUAGAAGAACACAAAAUUGAUACUUGGAGAGAAGUUUUAAAGGACAAACAAAAACCAUUUGUUCACAUAGAGCCUGAUGCUAGUUUAUUUGAAGCUGUGAAAACAUUAAUAAUGAACCAUGUUCAUCGGUUGCCUGUGAUUGACAAAAACACGGGCAAUGCUAUAUAUAUAUUAACGCAUAAAAGGAUCUUAAGAUUUAUGUAUCUUUAUAUUAAUGACCUCCCUAGACCAGAUUUCAUGCAUCAGACUUUGGCUGAGCUCAAUAUCGGAACUUAUGAGAAUAUUAUCACAGCUGGGCCAGACACACCAAUCAUCAAAGCAUUAAACUUAUUUGUAGAACAUCGUAUAUCAGCACUACCAGUAGUUGAUGAACAGGGCAAAGUCGUAGAUGUAUAUGCUAAAUUUGAUGUGAUUAAUCUUGCUGCUGAAAAGACAUACAAUAAUUUAGAUGUUACAAUAUCUCAAGCUUUAGAACAUAGAACAGCUGGAUUUGAAGGUGUUGUUAAAUGUCAGAAUACCGAAACCUUGAACAUAAUAAUAGAAAGACUUGUGAUGGCUGAGGUUCAUCGGCUUGUGGUUGUUGAUAAAGAAGAUCACGUCAAGGGAAUUCUGUCUUUAUCCGAUCUACUCACUUUCUUAGUUCUUAAUCCAAUGGGUUUGGAUCCCAACAAACAGGACUGAUUUCUCUGCAUUCAUUUCUUUUAAUCAAUCCAUCCAUUUUAACCAUCAUCCAUCCUAGUGCAACAUGUAUUCUACUAGAAAGAUGGUGGGAAAAGGGGACAACUGAGAUUUUGAGGAUUUGCACACAAGUCUGCUAGUGCUUACUUACUAAAGUUGAAAUGAUUGGGUCUUGGCCAUAUUUCACUGUUGUCUGUUCCCAGUCAAAUUGUAACUAAUAUUGUCUCAAUCCCAGAAAACCUGUGUACACUUUCUCUCGUCUUUGAGGGAUUCUGUUUACCUAUCAAACAGUAGUGGCCUAGCUUACACCUAGCUUAACUAUUUAAGCAAUCGGGUCGUUGCACAAUUUUUUUUUUUUUUUUCAAAAAUCUUGGAGACACUUUUAUCUCUUUUUCUACAAGAUUUCUUGUAAUUGUCUUUCAAUUUGACUUACAGUUAAUGUUUUGCACAGUUAACAAGAAAAUCUUGACAUGAUUCUCGACUACCACUCUGUGCCACUCUUGAUACCACAAAAUGUAUUGCUACCAGAAUGUUUAAUCCACAAACCAUCACAAAUGGCUCUCUAUAGAAUUUCUUUUAAAUCCAGAAUGAAAGUUAAAAUCAUAAAUAACAAUAAGUCUUAGAACUACAACUAGUUUCUUGUGAAAUACAUUCUUCUCAGAUAAACUGACAGUACCAAAAACUUCAGUGUUAAAAAAAAUGUAAAGAAUAAAUUGAAAAUUUACAUUUUUUUUGAAUAGCUAAUCUUUUUGAAUAAUUUUACUAUAUAUAAGAAAAUAUUACUUUAUUAUGAAUCAAAAUUGUGAUACAUUUAAUAUUGGUUCUAUUGUGUAUCUUUUUUAAGAUACAUACAUGCAUAUAUAUGUGUGUGUGUGUGUAUAUAUAUAUGUAUGUAUGUAUGUAUGUAUAUAUUCAGUUAUACAUAUACUCCUUAUCUAUACAAGACUUUUUUUUAGACUCAGUUUUUCUGUUAUGCAGUGUUGAAUACAUAAAAAUCAAUUGUUUACAAUUAAUUUCCAGUUGACGUACAUGUGCCUUCAUAUUUUAAUAAACAGUCAUCGUUUGUAGUUAGUGGAACAACUCAUUGACACCAUCACAGAAUACUGACUAUGGGAUUCGCCAUCUUUAACAUUCUCUAACUUUCAUCUAAGAAUACUUUAAAAAAACUGAGUGAUUUGUUGUGGAUGUGUGCAUGCGUGUUUGGAAAAUGUUAUCAUAUUGAAUUGUACAAAGAUUGUCUUCUUUGUCUUUUUUUAAUUAUCACUGUAAGAAGCUAGUGCUGAAUAUGGAAAAGAUAUCUGGUAUUGAAAACAAGUAUUUGAUAUUUUAACAAACUUAUCUGGAUUUAAAUUUAGCCAUUUGUAUUUUUGUUGGCUGUAAUCUAUUAAUCUCAAAUGUCAAUAAUAAUCAUAACAUAAAUUAUUAUCACAGCUAAAGUUGCCAAUGCAUUGUUGUUAAGAACCAAAAUUAUAUUCAGUCUGUUUGUAGCAAAAUGCUAACUUAACCAAGCUCAGUUAAGAAAUUAGUUUAACGAACACUGUCAGAAGACAUAAUUUAUCAAAUCUAAUUGAUUUACGUCAGACUUAGAUAUGUUAUGAACUUAUUUUUGACUUUUAAUAUUUCCUUUCCUGGUCCUAAGUUUUACCUAUGAUUAUCUCAUGCAACAAGUACUGAUGUAUUUCACUUCAAAUUCUACACCCAAAAAUAAUCAGCUGGAUAAGGUAGGGGACUACUAAGCCAUGGAUCACAAGUUCUUCUAUCAUUAAGUAUUGUAUAUCUGUGUCUGUGGAUAAGACCACUGAUUCUAUUCCUCUCAGUUUACCUGCUUGGAUUAUUAUAGCUUCCAGGCCUUCAGCAAAACAGACUUGGGGUGGACUAGCAUCCUGUCGGGGAGAUUUGAAAUCCUGUCUGAUGACCCCACAAGAACUGGGUUUAAACACCCAGUCUGACAAACUUCUGUGCUUUAACAAGGUAACUCCUCUGCAAGAAAUAGCAGCUAAAUCUCCUUUAAAUUCCAUCCUAUCUUCAUAGGAAGGUCUUCUAAUUGGUUAAUGUCUUACUAGAAGUAGUAAACAACAUAAACAGGUUGGUCAUGGCUGGAGUGUCUUCAUCGUGGCUAUAUUUAAGCUGAGGCUUAAUACCUCCUGUAAUUCAUAAAAUUGAGUUUUUUUUUGUUUUUGUUGGUUUGUUAAUCACCUAAUAAUCUAACUGUGAUAUAAUCUGAAUUUGCUUAAAUCUUCUGUUAAAGAUUUCAAACUGAUGUCGAAGGCAGAAGCAAAACAAAUGGUACCAGACUAUUAUUGGAUUUACUUUCAUCCCUCUGUGUCUUAAGCUCAUAUCUAAGCAGAGUCUGUAUUCUUUCAUCUCUCUCUCUCUCUCUCUGGGAUUGAUUCUGCUAAGAAUAAAGACAACUUAGGAAUACAUUCUUCCUAAAACAUUCAAUGUCUUUUAUUUUUCCAUUGAGUUCUUGGAAAUGAUUUUGAUUUAGUAAACAAAGACACUUCCUAGGCAGAUUGGUUUGACUCUUCCAUUUUACGUCUUGUGGUACCAUAUCAUGAAUGGUUCAGCACUCUGGUGUGUGUGUGUGUGUGUAUUCACACACACACACACACACCGUAAUUCAAAACAUCUGUACUUAUGCUUGAAAAGACAGAAGAAAGUUUUUUUUUCUUUUUUAAAUUAUAAUUUACUAUCCGUAUUAGUAACGUUAUUAAGAAUACUAACACUUAUUAAAAAAUUAUGUCUCAAUACAUAUUAAAACAGCACAAAAUUUUUAGAAAUCAAAUCAUGGAAUAUCUUGCUUAAAUGCUUUGUCUUUUUUAAUUAUAAAUUUUAACUUUCACGCAUUCCAGUGUACACACUACAUUGUUUAGAUACAAAAUAUACCCCCCAGCCCGCACCCCUUCUCUCCUACGCCCACCUAAACCUAAGCCCUGUGAGUGAAAUUGGACAGAUUGAAAUCGUAGAGGCCCAUCAGAUUGACAAUACUAAAUUUGGUGGCUUAAAAGGUGAAUAUUUUUUUAAACCAACAAAAUGGCCCAGGAAAUUAACUUGCACCUUAUAAACAGGUCAGGGUUUGUGGUGCAAGCAGUGGUUCAAUUAUUUCAAUGGUUUGUAAAAUGAACUGCAAAUAUUUCUCUCACAAAACUGCUUUAUAGUGUUAUUGCUGUUUUCUUAAGCAACCACAUAUAUAUUGAUAGUAUUUAUUUAUAUAUAUAAAGUUAUCAAUAGUACUAGUUGUCAUUGGUUCCAUACUGGCCAUCUCUGACGAGCACAGUUAUUGGAUCAUCUGAUGACCUAAUAUCCUGUGUGAAACUAGUUGGUAAGAUCAUCUGUAAUGGAUCUAUAAUACUGUAUACUUAAUAUAUACCCACUUUAUUGACAAAUAUACAAUUGUAUAUUUUUUCUGGUGUAUGGAUUCUUAGACAACAGUAUUCUUUCUCUCUCUCUCUCUCUCUGUAUGUAUAUAUAUAUAUAUAUACAUACAUAUAUAUAUAUAGGAGCACUAGGCAAGAGGAAAAUAGAGAACAGCUGGUGUUUUAUAGCUCUACAUUUUAUUAGCUUGAAGCUAUCAGUUAUUUAUUAAGCUAUAUAGUAUGAUGUCGCAUUGGCUACUAACUUAAUUUAUAGGGAGAUAUUUAAACAAAAUAUACUUUAUAUUUUACCUAUAUUCAACUGUAAUUCAUAGUUUUGAGACAAAAUUCCAUAAAAGAUUCUUGUAAAAAGUUUUUUAAGUUCUUGUGUGAAACAUCACUUUGAUAUAUCAAUAAAUUUAAGUUAUAGUUGUCUUAUAAAACCAUUUUAAUUAACAUUUAUUUCAGAAUUUAGCUACAUUGUGUCAGUGAUGUAUUUUAACUUGAAACAUAGUAUGGAAAGGAUUAAAGUGUUAGUAUAAUGGAUCUGAACUCAUCAAAACUUUAAUCUUUUAGCAUUGUCAAAGUGAUGCUUGUUUAUUCCUGUUAUUUUGAAUUAAUCAUGCAUUUUCUCAUAGCUUUCAGAAUUUUAUGAGGUAGCUGUUAAUUUUUAGAAUGAUAUUCUAUGGUAAUUGUAAGGGGGCCCAUAUCUGGCCAGUUUGAACAUAAGACAGAAUAUUUUGGCCAGUUUAAAUGCAAAAAGGUUUAAAUGGUCUGACAAUAGUGAGAACUGUGAAUAUCAAAUGAAAGUUCUUUUUUAAUUUUCUUUAGAAAGGUUGUUUUAAAAUUCAAGUGAACCUUGUAAGGUGAUGUACCGGAUAAGCUGUCAAAUAAAGCACCUCUUUGGGAGUGGUAGACAUAAUGUAUUGUUUAGUUCAGCGUCAUCUUUGGUAUCAGGUUUUGGGUUUGAAAGCAAACCAAUAUUCUGAAUCACUGCUUCUUACUAAACCAUAAAAAAAUAACAUAUAAAUAGUUUGUGAAAGAAUAAUAAUAAUGUAAAAGAAUAAUAUUAAAAAUGUACUUUAAAAGUAUUGCAUUUUGUGGCACAAAAGACACAUGGGCAUAUUAGAAACACCGCAAUUUCAGUAGCAGAUAUUCUGGACAAAAAAGUUUUUAGUGCUUUAAGACUUAUGGGAAGUUCAACUUGAUAGGACCUGGGGGUGAUUUUUUUUCUUUUCUGUAAUUGCUUCUUAUAUGUCAACAAAAGGGUAUAUUUUUGUAGAGGAACAAAAAAAAAAAUCAAAGCAUCUUCUAAAUGCUUUUUAAUUUCAAUCAUCAGAUGAUGAAUGUAAAAAUCUAACAGAAGAAACAUAUUUGCUCAAAUGUCUAUUGCAGCUUUUAAGUUUGUUAUUUAAGUGUGAGGGAGGUAUUUCCAUCAGAUCAAAUAAACACAUUAAGAUUAUUUACACGAAAUAGCAGCAAAGAAACUUGUCCAAGUUGAGGACUUAACAGAUUUGUUUCAUGCUGGCAGCAGUACUGUGGUAUUGUAAUACGAGACCAAAUUUAUAUUCUGACAGUUGUGGUAUGAACUACAUAAAUGAACGUUUCUUACUUCAUCUUAUAAUUGGUACUGAUAAAAAAACUAUUAUUCUUAUUGGCAAAUGUGAUAUCUGGAUUUGUGUGUGUAUGUAUAUAUAUGUAUAUGUAUAUAUGUGUAUAUAUAUAUGUAUAUAUAUAUAUAUAAUUUUUUUUCCCAUACUAGCUUUAAUCAAGACAGGGAUGUCAUUAAUAUUAUUCAGGAAAAGUAUUGAUACAGUGUUCAACUAUAUACUGCUGAACAGAACAAAACAGCAAAAAAUUGUUUUUGAUUUUUUUUUUUUUUUUUUUUUUAACUGAAAAAAAGUGUGUGUGUGUGUAUGUCUUAUUGUUUUUUAAAUACAUAUUUAUAAAUUCUUAAACUCUGACAUUUAAAUCAGUUACAAAAACAUCAACAGACUGAUGAUCUCCCUUUUCCAAAUUUUCCCACAUGCCAUAAGCCAUUUUCUUAAUCUUAAUCACAUAUGGUAAUGAAGGUUAUUUCAACAUUUAAUAUUUCUGAUGAAAUUCAAAACUUUUCUGGAUUUUUUUUUAUGUAAACUUUAGGAUUGGUUGUAAAGUACAUUUGCAAAGUGGAAGCAGUUUAGAUUUGUGGACUUUGUCAUGUGACAUCAUUGAUUAACAUAACAGAGAUGGUUUUUAAGAUAAGUGUAUGGAGGAAGAAUGCAUUUCAAAAAUCAGAUCCAACCAAAACUAAAUUCCAUUUUCUAUUCCUCAAGAAAGAGAAGAUUGAUAAAACAACCACCAGUAAUACACUGGGUUCAAGUCAAACUUCUAAAUUUCUUCAAAAGAAAUUAUUUCCCUGCAGCCAAUCAAAACUAAUUAGCACAAAAUUAAUGUAUUAAUUUAUCAGAUAAUGACUUUUAACCAUUUUUUAUUUCUAUUGGAGGGGAGACGUGUAAUUGAUUUCAUCAAUUCUAGUAAUUGACUGUCACUUAUUUUAUUAAUUCUGAAAUAAUGGAAAGAAAGUUUGGCUUUGGUAAAAUCUAGACUCUGAACAAAAGGAAUGAGGCUAAAUCCUGCCAGGCAUUAUUAUGUGCAGCACUUUACCGUUUCUGCCAGCAACAUUGGUUUUUUUCUAAUUCUGUCACUUUUAAUAAAGUGGGAACAUUUUUGGGGAAAUAAAUGUUGGUACAAAAUACCUUACUUUGAUUGUUCUGUUAAGAUAUAUAAAAUAACAAUAAAAAUAUAUAUAUACAAACAUUAAAAUAAGUGACAAAUCAAGAUAUUCUUUAAUUCUUUUUUUUUUUUUGAUACACCUUGAUUUGGGAGAUCUUCAGAAUUUGAGCAAUUCUGUUCAUUCUUUAAUUAAUGAUUAGGUAAAUGCUUGUUCACACACACACACACACUUUUCAAUAGAAAUGAAAACUGAUUAAGGGCAUCAAAAAUACAUUUAAACAAUUUAUUCUAGUGAUAUUAAAUUGAAUGAAGUGUUUCUUAUACUUUUUUUUUAAUGUAAAUGUAAAUAAACAGUUAUUUCACAUUGUAUAUUUCUGAAAUAGAAUAUUUCUUCCCUUGAAAAAAAUUAGUUUUCUAACUCAUUAGCAGCUGCCAAAAGACAUUUGCCUUUUUUGGAUGUAUUUUACUUGAUUUAGGCAGCUCAAAGAGAAUCUAAGCUUCUUCCAAAAUGGGGAACAUUGUUAGUUCUAGUGGCUGUUAAUAUGCCAUGCCACUAAUUUGGUGAUGCAACUAAUAUAUAUAUGUGUGUGUAUAUAUAUAUAUAUAUAGUUUUAACUAUUUAGUAAAUUUUUGAAGAGAGAUAAUAAAUUUGUAUAUGAAAUGUAUAAACAGAAAAAAAAAAAGCUUUUUCUCUCACUGUCUGUGUGUGUGUGUGUGUGUGUAUAAUUAUGCAUAUAUAUAUACUUACAUCUAUAUUUAGAAUUUAAAAGGAGAAAUUCCAUGCAUACAUAUAUAUUUUGUGAUGUACAGCCAAAGGAAUUGAAUGCAGGGUUUUUAAAAAAAAAUUAUGAAUUACCCUGUUUUUAAUUUUUUUUUUUUUUUUUUAUUAAUUCAUUAAUCUUAGAAAAAUAAAAUAUUUGGAAUUAGCCUUCAAAUAUAUAUAUAUAUUUA